AUGGAGUCGAUUUAUAAAAUUUUAAAACCUUUGGCAAACAUUUAUUUGAUUGUAUUGAUAUGGUUUUUGACAUUCAUAAAUUUCUAUUUAUGUUUAAAACCUAUAAAAGAUUAUGCUACAACAACAGGUUUAAAAACAACACCGAAAAUUUUAGAUGAAUUAUUUUAUUAUACACCAGACGAAGGUUAUCAAAUAUUAACUGCUUUAGAUAUUGGUGGACGAAAUGCUUAUCGCAUCACAAAUUCACUUGAUUUUAUCUUACCAAUAUUAUUAUUUCUUUCAUUAUCCUUACCUAAUAUUGCUUUAGGAGAAAGAUGUCACUGUCUCAUUAUGCCGUUUGCUUAUAUGAUAUCAGAUUAUAUUGAAAAUAUUGCUGAAAGAUAUGUUUUGGAAAUUUAUCCAAAACGAAAUGAUUUAAUGAUGACAUUAUCUAGUUAUGCAGGUUUGAUUAAAUUCAUCUCUCUAGGUAUAAGUGUAUUAAUAUUAAUAUUCAAUUUAUUCAAACGAAAAAUGCUCUCAACACCGGACACACACGAAUAG